AGAAGAAGAGAGGAGGGACUCUACGUAGACAGUCAGUGUGAUGUUUUCCCCACUUAUUCUCUCUCCUUCUUUUCCUUUUCUCACUUCCAUCCCUACUUGUUAAACAGACAGUGCUUCAUUCACUGUACAGAUGGACACCAGAUCUUAUUUGAUCCUUUUUCUGGACCAAUCUUUUUCCUUCCCCUCUGUCAUUUAGUUCUCUCUCUCUUUCCCUCUCUCUCUCCCUCAGUUGUUUAUUUCCCCCAUCGCCCCACUUUAACUCAGCAUGGUGAACAGAUAACUGCUAAGCUGUUGAACAUGGGCUCCUGCCUCUGCAAAGGUCACCAAGCUUACCUGUCAGUCUGUUCAGCCCUCCACCUGUCUGUUAUCUCCACCUCAAAUCAUUCACAUGAUCUUCAAAGUGCCCAGCAACUUCCUAUGGAAGAGCUUCAGUCUUACGCUGAAGGACAGCCUAUUUUCCAGGGUAACCAUCAGUCCUACAAUGGGGGUUUGUCAGAUAAAAGGAGCAGUAGUGGGUAUGACAUUGGAGAACUGGCAACAUCUUCCCUGCUGGGACUGCUGGCCACCAUUAAGGACCACAUCACCAAACCCACAGCAAUGGCCCAAGGCCGGGUCGCCCAUCUGAUUGAGUGGAAGAGUUGGGGAGGCGAGGCGACGUCUGGAGGCUUGUAUGGAUGGAGUAGAGAUGGUGGUGGCUGGGGAGGUGUCGGAGCGGCACUGCAGGAGGACGAACAGCUCUACUCUCACCUCACUGAUGAAAUCAAGGAAGCUCGAUUUGCUGCAGGUGUGGCAGAGCAGUUUGCCCUGGCUGAGGCAGCGAUGAAUGCCUGGUCCACACAAGACAUUGAAAGUCAAGCCACCACCAGCACAAUCCCAUUACAAGACCCCGAGGGCCUUUAUCUCUCUCAGUUCCUGUUGGAUGGAGGGAGUCUAGGUGUUCCUCAGCAUCUCUACAGAAUGCACAUGGAGGCUAAUGAUGAAACCAGUUCUCUGGGUCCUUCUCAGCCCCCUAAAUCCCAUUCCCCCAGCCAAUCCUCGCAGCGUCCUGAACAACAGCAGAUCAUUUCUCAGUCGGAAAGGGCCAUGCGACACGCGGACAGCAUCUCUUUGUCGGAGGAUGAGGUUUUUUAUAACUGACUGACGGCUGGUGAUGAGAAGGAUCAGCAUUUUUCGUCUGUUGUUUGUGUUUGCCGAUGCGAAAGAGAAACGGGAUGAAGUUACGCCUAACAAGGUUAUCGCUUUACUGUUGAAGUACAUUGCUCAGCGUCUUCAAACAAUGAAUGCAGGGAUCGAUGUACGUGCGAUCAUGCUAAUUCCAUAUCAUAUGACCUUUCUGCAAAUGAAACCUUCUCUGUUUUCAGUGAUGAUGACUUUGAGUCAAACCCAUCUAGACGCGUAUUUAUACAGCAACUGCUUGAGACUCACUGCUCCGCCAUGAAAAAAAGUGGAUGUCUUUUAGCACUAAACAGAGAGCCAAAAUAGACACGCUUUCAUCUCCCAGAUAUUACACAGACUUUUUUCCUGGUGUAUAAGAAGAGCUUGUUGAUGCUACAGAGUGCAUAGACGUCUUUUGUGAAGAAUUUGAAUGGCCCAGGAUGAAACUGCAUAUGCCUUUAAGUAAAGCUGCAAUCAUUAGCUGACAUUGAGAUUGUAAAGACUUUGAAGUUAGGGAUUUUGAGUGUAAAAUAUAUAACACACCAAACAACUGGAUGUUGAAGUGUAUACUUGCUGAAGUGUGUACUUUCUGUGCUCACCAAACAGAACUUUAAAAUGAAUGAUUGUUGCAAACAAUCUGAACACUGCCAUUGGUUGUACAAACUUAGUCCAGCCCCAAACUAAUGCCAUUGGUUGGGAUGCUUAAAUAAACAGACCCUUUACACUUCAAAAUCAAC